GAGAGAGAGAGAGAGAGAGAGAAACAAAGUGCUUAAGAUUUCUGCUUCUGUUGUGUUUUGUAGCAAUGGAGAAGCACAAAUGCAAACUUUGUCCAAGGUCUUUCUCUAAUGGCAGAGCUUUAGGUGGUCACAUGAAAGCUCAUUUGGCUGCUCUUCCUCUUCCUCCAAAGAUUCCUCUUUACCACCACCACCACCACCACCAACAACAACAACAGCAACAACUGGGUGAUUGUACAGACUCAACUUCUUCUUCGUCUUCUUCUUCGGGGGAAGAACGCGAAGUGGAAGAUGGUAAAAUUGGAGAAGUAGCAGAGGAGAAAUCUUUGGAGGAGAAAUCUUUGGGUUAUGGGUUGAGAAAUAAUCCCAAGAGAAGUUUCAGACUUGCAGAUCCUGAGUUUUCUUUUGCAGUUGAUUCUGGGUCUGUUGUUGUUCAAGAUAGAGAGAGUGAGACCGAGUCAAAAAACCCAACUCGGAGACGAUCUAAAAGAACCCGAAAAAUAUUUACUACUUCACAACAAUCACAGGAGGAUCAGAAUGCAAAAGUGAAGAAACCCAGUUGCAGCGAGUCACCAACCGAGCCGGAACCAGUGAGUUCAGUGUCUGAUACUUCUCCUGAAGAAGAUGUUGCCAUGUGUUUGAUGAUGCUUUCAAGGGAUGUGUGGAUGAGAAACAAUGAGGAAGAAGAAGAAGAAGGAGAUGAAAAUGGUAAAAAAAGGGAAAGAUCAGUGAAGUAUCGGUGUGAGAAGUGCAAGAAAGUGUUUCGAUCUUAUCACGCAUUGGGCGGACACAAGAAAGUUUGUGAAGCUGCGGAGACAAGAAAUGCAGGUAAAGUUUCGAUCUUUGAGUGCCCAUUUUGUUUUAAAGUAUUUGGGUCGGGUCAAGCUCUUGGUGGCCAUAAGAGAUCUCACUUGCUACCUUCAUCAACAACUGCUGCUGCUGCAGCAACUGCUACUGUUACUCAUUCUACUAAAUUUGACAACGGUUUGAUAGAUCUUAAUCUUCCUGCUCCAUUGGAAGAAGACGACUAUAGUGUGGUUUCGGAUGCAUAACAACCCAGGUGGACAUGGAUCUAAGCCUUUAAUUACUUCAUUUGUGUAAUUUAGGUAGAGAUUUUUGUUCAUGUUUAUUGAAUUUGAAGUACUAUCUGGAUUCUCCAUAGUUGCAAUUACUUUGGAUUUUUCACCAACUAUUUUGACAUCCUCAUAACUUUGUCUAAGCAGUAGCAGGGCACUCUGUGUAAGAAAUUAUAUGCCAAGAUUCAUUCCUUGGAA